UCUCUCUCUCUCUCUCUCUCAGGAUUAAUGAAAGGCGUCAGUUCUGCGGAACGCUAGCUUUUCGGCGCAUGCAAGUUUCUUCUUGUGGCUUUCAGUCAUCUUGAGGAGCUUCAGGAUGUAACUUUGCUCUGUGGUGGAGAUUAUGCUCUGUCACGAUGCAGCAGCUCGGCGGGAUCCGUGGCUCUUAUGUGUCCAAACCAGACUCCGUGAGCGCGCGCUUCAUGCCGAGUUCCCGGUGCUAAGUGAAAGCUCGGUAUUAAAGUGGACCCGCAGCCAGAGACAGGUAGAGCUGUCCACUUUCUGUCCAGCAUGAACAGAGUGUCAUGUGUAAGCGUUGUCAUGGUUAUCGGCCUGCUUUGGACGAACCUCUCCGACGGCCAGCUCACACUGGACCACAAGAAGGUUGCUCCUAGACCAGUGGUCGAGCCUCAGAUUUUGGACAGUGACUCUUCUGGAUCGUGGGGCUCUUGGGGUCCGUGGGGCGAAUGCUCUCGCUCCUGUGGUGGUGGGGUACAGGAGCGAAGCAGGCCAUGCUUACGCACGUACAGCCCUCCAGUCACAGUUUAUUCUUCCAGACAGGGUCCUCACACGGGGCGCCAGGAUCCGAGUAUGGUCAUAUCAGCAUUAAGGCCCUCUGUGCCUGUGCAUCAUGGCAAUAACAGGCCUCUUCCAGAUGCUCAGGGGUCACACCUUACCAGUCGUGGGGAGACAAGAAAGCAGCAGAGUGAAGCACGCCCUGGGAGGCGGCGAGGAGGCAGCACUCGGAUCAGCCCAGGGAUGUACGGUUACGGGAAGUUGCCAUAUGUGGUCUCCUCACAGAGAGAUUCUGGACAAACCAUGUACAGCCAGCGACAGCCUCGCUCACCAUCUGACUACAGAUACAACAGCUAUAGACAGCAGAAGUACAGAAAUACUCAGCAAAGUCCCCCUCAAAAUACCCAUCACAGUAUGAGCCAGCAGGCAUCCUGGGUUCCCCUCCACCAGCCCAGCUCGGGUCUCCAGUCUCAGGGGAAGCCGCACCCUCCUGGCACACUGACAUCAGGUUUUAGCCAAGCUUCAGCUCCUGGGAGACCUCAUAACCCGCAACCGCUUCCAGCCUCCUCCUGCUCUGGAGCUGCCAACCAGUACAGGAUGUGCAACGUGAAUCCUUGUCCCCCUGCCAGCAGGAAUAUCAGAGACAUCCAGUGUUCCUCCUAUAACAAUCACCCCUUCAUGGGCCGGCUCUAUGAAUGGGAACCUUUCAACGAAGUUCCUGGAGAUCAGCUCUGCGAGCUCAACUGCCGUGCGAUCGGAUACCGUUUCUACGUCCGCCAGUCGAAUCGAGUCAUUGACGGGACGCCGUGUGGACAGAACGAGUCGGCUAUCUGCGUGGCUGGGACGUGUCAGAGUCCAGGAUGUGAUGAGCUGUUGGGUUCAGGGAAGGUGCUGGAUAAAUGUGGUGUGUGUGGCGGGGACAACACGGCGUGUCGGCUGGUUUCUGGACUGUUCCAGCACAGCCUGUCCAAAGUGGGCUACCACAAGAUCGUAGAGAUCCCACAGGGAGCAACCAAAAUCAACAUCACUGAGAUGGUCAAGAGCCAAAACUACCUCGCUUUGCGGAGUCGCUCUGGACGUUCCAUCAUUAAUGGAAACUGGGCCAUCGACCGACCUGGAAAGUACGAAGGAGGAGGGACGAUGUUCACUUACAGACGGCCCAAUGAGAUCAGCAGCACUGCUGGAGAGUCCUUUCUAGCGGAAGGACCAACCAGUGAGAUCCUGGACGUCUACAUGAUCUACCAGCAGCCCAAUCCUAGAGUGCACUAUGAGUACAUCCUUCCUUCUGAAAACUCCGUCAGCACGCCCACUAACACAGAGGAGGGUAACACAGUGACUGGUGGGGCAGGAGAUGAUCAGUAUGGCAGAAGGCCAUCUCAGGAUGGACAUGAACGAACAGAUGGGCACAGGAACCCACCUCACAUACCUGAAAGCCAGGUACCGCCUCGCAGGCACAGAGAACACAACUGGAAACUCACGGGCACGACUGACUGCAGCGUCUCCUGUGGCAGAGGAGUCAGGCACACUGUGUUUGGCUGUGUCCAUCGAGUGACUCACGAGCUUGUGUCUGACAGUUAUUGUGACAGCGCUACUAAACCCAGCACACAGGAGGAGCCCUGCAACGUCCAGCCAUGUCCCGCAUUUUGGGAUAUUGGUGAGUGGUCGGAGUGCAGUAAGACGUGCGGCCUCGGCAUGCAGCAUCGACAGAUUCUGUGCCGACAGUUUUACAUCAACCGCACCCUCACCGUGCCCGCUAAACGCUGCGAACACCUGGAGCGGCCGGAGAGCAGCAGCACCUGUCAGCUGAAGAUCUGCAGCGAGUGGCAGAUUCGCUCUGAGUGGAGCUCUUGCUCCAUGCCCUGCGGUGUAGGCCAGAGAACACGUGAGGUGCGCUGCGUCAGUAAUGUGGGUGAUAUUGUAGAGGAUGAAGAGUGCAACAUGAAUCUUCGUCCCCGUGACAUAGAGAACUGUGACAUGGGGCCGUGUGCUAAGAGCUGGUUCUACACAGACUGGGGUGAGCAGUGCUCUGCAGAUUGUGGCUUUGGUGUGCGAAGCCGCAGUGUUGUGUGUCUCUCUAACCUGGUGAGCAGUGUGCCUCUGGAGGGCUGUGGUACAGAGCGCCCCCCUCAGGCUCAGCCGUGUAACACUGGGCCAUGUGAGAGCCGCACUGAGUGGUUCACUGGGCCCUGGGGUCAGUGCUCGGCGGAGUGUGGAACAGGCAGCCAGCAGAGGACAGUGGUGUGUAUGAUGAAGUCUGAUGACAGCUAUGCAGUGAUGCCACUGUACGAAUGCUCUUCUCUGGACAAACCACUCAGCCAACAGAGCUGCACUCUGAAGGCCUGUGGAGCCAAGUGGUACUACACCGACUGGAGUGCAUGUUCAAAGACGUGUGAGGGGGGAUUCCGUGUGCGAGAAGUGCGCUGUCUCUCUGACGAUAUGAUGCCGAGCGAGGGAUGUGAAGAACAACUGAAACCGGAGGACAAAGAGGAGUGCAACCUCGACCCCUGUGUUCCACAGAUCGAUGAAAAGUGUCGAGACAAAUAUUUCAACUGCAACGUGGUGGUCCAGGCCCGCCUGUGUGUGUAUGAUUACUAUAAGAAGGCGUGCUGUGCCUCGUGUGCGCGCGUGGCGCAGAGACAGUCGACACACAGGAGCUACAGAUAGGACGGCCCCGAUGGUGACGUCACUCAUGUCGAGUCCUUCACUGGCAGGCGCUAUAAGCAGACGCAGAGGAAGUCUGCAAGACGCUCUGCUUUACGGAGGAAGGAAACGCUCUACUUUAAGGAGGAAAGCAGAAAGGCAGUCCAGAACCUUGAAUGCACUUUGUACAUCCACUUGACUGAUCUGAAGAUUCAGAAAAAGAGCAUCUGUUAAUUUUCAACGAUUUAUUUAUACGUGUAAGAGGACAAUGAUUAUAACGUGCCAAAUACACUCAUCACAUGGUGCUUCAACAUUAACUCAAGCUGAAGAAUCGGACAGAUUCGUAUGGAAUUUUAUAGUGUAUAAUAUUUAAUGUAAAAAUCCUUUAUAGCUGAUGAUGUAGUUCAUUAACUAUGCAGCAAAAGGACAGGAGUGACUCCAGAGGAGUGACUCGAGUAUCUGUGAAUCUCACACAGUAUUUCACAACCAGAACUGGUUCUACACAUCCAGCAUAGACACUUCACACACUAAAGUUCAAAUCAACUCAAUUUUUUUUACCUAUAUGUGUUUCACAUCAGCCCAGGCUUAGAUUAUAAUGUUUAUACUGUUCUUAAUAAAGCAACUCCAUUCACAUUUGAGUAAGCAUUCUGAAGAAUGUCUCAAAAAAUGAGGUUCCCAAUUUUCUGCUUUGCUUUACAGAGAAGCAGAAGCUCCGUUUGUCUCUAGGACCUGCAUGAAGCUCUCCUGUCUAAGAAGGCAGUCAUGGAUAAAUGUGAUGAGGAAGGUGGAUGGGAAUUUAUUGUAGCAUGAAAAGAGAAAUUUGUUGUCAAUAUUCAUAGAAAUCUCAGUGGUGUCCUCAAUCUAAAAAAUAUUUCUCAAAACACAGGUUCAUACUGUGUUGAAGGAAGUUUGCUUUUUUGUAUUUAUUAUAGCACAGCACUGUUGAAUUCUGGAUUCUGAUUGGUCAGAAAGUGUUGAUUAAUUUUCUAUAACAGCAGCUCUGACACUAGUUCUGGCUGCAAAUCACAGACUUAUAUUAAUGUGCUUAUUCCAAUACGUUAUUAUUUCUAUAAUAAUUGUAUAAUUGUUGAUAUGGUGAAGUUUUCAGAAAGGAGACUUUAUUUAACAUUUUAUGGAAGGAGUCUCUAGAGUCAGCAUUUCAUAAGAGUCAAAGGUAAAGCUGUAACAUUGUCUUAUUAACUUCAAGAGAGAGAAAAAAAGAGGCUGGCGGGGGAGUGACCAUUUAUAGCUGCUAUAACGUAUUGAUAACGAACUAACGUUUCGCGGAUGUUUCAUAAAACAUAAUUAUUAAAGGAAUAAAAAAAAGUACAACAUGUCUUUCUGUAAUAAAUUUAAAAUGUAAUCAUCUGCAAAUUGCUGUGGUAUAAGAGGACAUUCUGUUAUAGGGUGGGAGCAGUAACUCCAUUCACAACAGUAGAUCAUGUAAGCUUCUCUUCUCAUAAAAGAUUUGUUCUUCCUGUUCUCUCAUUUUAGUCCAGCUGAACUGGAUCUACACACCCUGGACUCAAUUACAGUCUGUUUUAGGCAAUACAAUGAGUUCUACCAGUUUAUUUGGAAUGAUUUACACAGCUAUAAGAGGAAAAAAACAUAACAAUCAUUUAUAAUGAAAAACUAGCCCAGGCUAGUGAUUUAUUUCACCUUAUUAGAACAUUUAAUACCUUUUUUUAAAUGCAAAAUAUUAAAUGAAUUAACCAGUUUGUUGGAAGUUUGUGGAAAACAGCAUUCUGGAGCUCAGUAUGUAUUUGAUAUGUGUGUGUGAAUAUGUCUAGACUAACUUUCAGUACAAAAAUUUAUUUCAUAGCCAAGGAACAAUUUGUACCAUAACGUUUUGACUUGCAUUGUUUUGGGGAAAAAUGCAAAAAUAUAUUCAAAAAAGCUACACUGACAAGCAGAAGUUUCUGAACAUACUAUGUUUUAGCAUUUUUGUUUAAAUGACCUCAUUUUAAAUACUGCAAAAAUACUACAUUUUUAAAAUAUAUAUAUAUAACCAAGGAAUAUGUAUACGUGAAUCAAAUAUUUAUUAAUAAAUGUUUAGUGAAUUGAUAAAUGUUAGUUCAAAAUAACCUAAAUCUAAUCUCAUUGGAAAAGUCCAGGAUCUUUAUCACUCUAAUUAGGCACUUUAGGCUCACCACAUUUAGGUUUCACAGUUAAUACUAGCUCUCUAAAUGAGUUAUCUAUGGAUUUAAGUGCACAUGUCUUUAAUACAGCACUUAAACUGAGUUCUACACAGAUAUAGAUUUUCUUUUCUUCUUAACUGCAAUUCUGUAUUAUUUUGUAAAACUUUUGACUGGCUGAGUACAAUGGCUGAUAUUUCAUCUUAAACAUAAUUGCCAUUUUAAUCAGUUUAAAUCAAACAAUAUCCAGGAAUAUUUUUAUCUGAUUAUUAUAAAACGUUAAUGGUUCAUCAGUAACUAAUCCCUUAAAUGCAUACCUUUUCUCUCUAUGACCUGUGAGCUCAUUUCUCCCUGUAUCUCAUCCAUUUUUUUCAGUUAGAAUCCUGCUUUUCUAGAAUUCCUACAAUAUUCCUAUAUUGAAAUGCCAAAAUUGUUGAAAAUUAUUUGUGUAUGACAAAAUAGCAAAGUCUUUGGAAACAUCAAAGGCUCGCAAAAUAGCUGUACAAGUAGUUAUGAGCUCCAUUCUGUAAUUUGCAACACAAUCUGUGUUAGAGACGUGACAAAAUAUUAAAAUAAAAUCAAUUUUAUUUUAAUGCCAUUCUGUUGUCAGUAAAAUAAUAUGUUUAACAUUGGCAUGGAAGUUUGAACACCCAUCCAUCUUAGGGUAAAAGAAUAUCAGUAGAUCAUAAAUUAGUAAUAAUAAUAAUAAUAAUAAUAAUAAUAAUAAUAAUAAUGAUAUGUUAAUAAUUUAGUAUUGCAGCUAUAUGACGUAUUGGUUGCCAUUGUUUCUAAGCAUCAAGACAGACAUCAAUGCAGUGUAUAAAAUUUCUCACUAAUUUAUAUUCAUUUAUUUCCUGUUUUACUGUUUUGUUGUUGUUUUUUUUUACUUUUGUUUUACCUGUUUGUAUUUAUAUUCUAAAUUUACUCUAUGUUUAUAUUUUGUGUAUCAUGAAACUCAGACUCAUUUUAUCCAUUCAGAAAAAAAUGUUACUGUUUUACAGAACGGAUUAAAGACCCAGGUUUGUUUUGUUUUAUUAAAACAGCCUCUUGGCGUUAGAACUAGUUUCUUUUUUAACUAACACGUGACUAACACUUAAGACAGUUGUACUAAUUGAUGAUUUGCGAAUGAGCCGGUUCUUCUUAAAUGAUUCAGCUGAGUCAAUUCACCAGAAGUGAAUCUCAACAUACUGUUAACAGAGACACUUUCCAUAUGAUGUUUAAGCUUUGUGCGACUCAGCAUCUGAUGCCCAUUGUUUCCAUCAUCUUACAAAUUUGUUAGUUUUGUUUUGUUUGAUGUAGAUGUAAAGCUCAUUCAUCAUGUGUCAAAAAAAAAACUUCUGUAAAUCAGCUCACAUUUAUUCAGUUAUUGCGUUUUAAUAAUAUUUAUUUCUACUUUAAUUUUUACUUUGUUCUUUUUCAUGUUUCACUGAAUGUGUGUUGUUAUUGUUAUUAACAUGAUACUAAUGAUACUUUUAAUUUCAAUUGGGCUCCACUAUAAAAAGAGAAAAAUAAUACUAAUUAAAAUAUAUCCAUAUAUAAAGAUAUAGAACUUAGAUAGCUUGGCAAUAUAAU